AUGAGAGCUGAAGCGAGUUCCUCGACGCGAGAUGAAUGUGCGGUGUGUAGCUCGGGUGAUGCGACCAUUCAUUUUGGGGUCAGCGUUUGUAGAUCUUGUAAGUGAAAUUCAAAGUUAUCGUAUAAUAUUUAUAUUUCCCAGGCGCUGCGUUCUUCCGUCGUACGAUUGUGUUGAAGCGAAACUAUGUGUGUCUGAAUGGGAAGAACUGCAAUAUCAAGGGAGGUAGGAGAUGCUGGACAUUACUAUUUUCAUAAAGUGGAUGGACAUUUAUCGCACCUCGCACCGUGCACAAAAAUUCCGGAUUUUUGCACGGUGCAGUUAAUUUUUUGUUGGUUUUGCACUGUGCGGUGAAAUAUCGCUUGAAUUUGCACAGUGCAAAAUUUUUUUUUGAAGUUUGCACAGUGCGCCAAGGGAAAAAUGCACUGUGCAUUGGCGACAAGCGUGGGAAAAAGUUCAAAAUGCACUGUAGGAAAAAAAGCAGAAGGAAAAAAACGUCGCGACGCGUCGAUGCACUUUAUGAAAAUACUAAUAGCCUUGUAUUAGCAUUUUCACAAAGUGCCUAGACAUUUUGUUUUCGUUUUUGCACUGUGCAUUUUUGCCUUUGCCUUUGAGCACCGUGCAAGCCAUAAAAAAGCCGAUUGCACUGUGCACAUAAGUCCCAACGGUUCUUCAAAUGCACAGUGCAAAGCCGAAAAAAAGGUGAGUGCACGGUGCGAGAACUUGCGAAUUUUUGAGCACGGUGCGGACCGCAACAAAUGUCCAGGAACUUUAUGAAAAUACGAACAGCGCUGAUGUAUAAUUCUAUUGAAAAAUUUAGAAGCUCGAGCCUGUUGUGCGGCGUGCCGACUGAAGAAAUGCUUCAAAGUUGGAAUGGAACGGGAAAGUAAGUGUCGCAUAAAACUCAUAGAUUAACCGUCUACUGCUAGCAUUUUUCCAAAAGUUGACGAAACAAAACUUCACUAUGCACUUGUUUGCUUUUUGCACCAUACAUACGCUACUAAAUAUUUUCAGAGAUCCGCCAACACUUUGACAAAAAUGGCCCAAGAAAGAGGAAGCUGGAGUCGCUGCUGCCGACGGACAUUCCCCCACCAAAGACGGCUCUAUCCAAGAUGGCGGAGGGUUAUCGGAAGUUCCUGGAUGACAUUAAAGUCCUCUACUUUGCCUUCCACCCCGCUCAAAUGUUCGAUGAGAAGAUCGUAUUUGAAAAAGUGACACUGCAAGAGCACUGCGAUUUUGACCGAACUUCUGUAGCGUACUAUUUGAGGAUGCUGAACGAGUGUUUUCAUCCCUUCAACGAGUUGAAUGGCCAACAAAAAGUGAGGGUUUUUGAGGAUCAAAUACUAUGUCAUCAGUCUGUCGGGAAAAUAGUGAGCACAAUGACGGAUAGAAAAUCGCAUCGCCGCUGAGAAAAUGAACUGUGUCGCGGCAAAAUCAAAUUUCUUUUCAUGUUAGCGACGCGAUUGGCGCAGAGACUUUGUGCUCAUUAUUUUCCCGACAGACUGAUAUUUAUUUUAUUUUCAUUAAUUUCAUGGACAGUUUGCUUUCGCACAGUGCAUGUUGAACUUCUUCUAACGUUUGUCGCUAACACACAGUCUAUUUUUUUGCACAGUGCAAACCUCAAAGAAAAAAACCGUUUGCACUGUGCAAAUUUUUGGCAAUAUCGCAGCAAUCCAGUUGAAACUUGUUUAUGUCGCGGCGACAUUUCGAUGCACAGUGCGAAAGCCAAAAAAAGGUGAAAUUCACUGUGCAAAAAGAGGGUUUUUAUGCACAGUGUGGACCGCGACAAAUGUCCAUGCACUUUAUGAAAAUACUAAAAAAAAAUGCUCUCAACGUAUAAUAUUUCUUGUCAUCGUUUCAGAAGAACGUCCUGGAAAUGUUUCAUUUUCAAAUCGCCUUGUUGAACAUGCAUUAUUUGAAUACAAUCUACUUUCCCAACGACGACUCGAAGCAGCUCAUGCAUUUGGGGGCCUACAGCGAUGCUACAGACGUGGAUCAUUUCUUCUCGCAACAUCCGAAUGGAGUCCAAAGGUAGGCAUUUAUGUGUAGCUGAAGUGGCUUGGUAUGUCAACCAGCGUUGUUUAUCAGUCUGUCGGGAAAAUAAUGAACUCUUUGUUGCAUCAAAAAUCGCAUCGCCGCCAAGAAAAUAAAUUUUGUCGCGGAAAAAUAAAAUUACAUUUCACUUCAGCGACAGCAAAUUUUUGAUGCGACAUCUUGCUCAUUAUUUUCCCGACAUACCGAUAGUUAGCGUAGUAUCAGUCUGUUGGGAAAAUAAUGUGGAUUCGCCGUGCCUUCGAAUUCAUAGCUUUGCCGCGUCUGCGACGCGAUCAGCGCAACGACAUCUUGCUCAUUAUUUUCCCGACAGACUGAUAUUUCCGAAUUCCAGAAGCUUCUCUCCCUUUCUCCUUCGUCUAUCCAUGAUUUCAGCUUUUUCAGGACCUUCACCGACGUUGUGGUCAAGUUCCGCCGCAUCGCCAAGAAGUUCCGCGCCGUGCGGCCGGAUGAAACGGAGAUCGCGGGACUGAUUGGGAUCACGCUGUGGAGAGAAGGUAAGGGAAUUUGUUCUCCUAUAUAUGACCCUAUCUUUUGCUUCAGUUUCCAACCAAUUCCCCAGCAAGACACAUGACGUGCAAGUCGACAAAAUUCAAGAAGAGUUGACUGAAUAUUGCCAACAGAAGAACAGUUUGGACCGUUUCCGAAUUGGACGCUUGUUGUGUUUGCUUCGCGGAAUCGACGAGCUUGCGUCGAUGCUGACUGAAGGCCUUACGGUCAGCACCAUCGCACAUGAUGUACCUCAACCAACUACGGAUAUUUUCAAGCAAUAG